AUGAGAGAUCGAGACAGAAGAGUUGAUCCAGAUAAAUCGAGCGUAAAUAGAUCAGAGUGUGGUUGGGCACCACAAAUCUUGAUAUUGUCACACCACGCCAUCGGGGGUUUUGUAACACAUUGUGGAUGGAACUCGACUCUAGAAGGGAUUUCCGCUGGGAUCCCGAUGGUCACGUGGCCGCAUUUUGCGGAACAAUUUCUAAACGAAAGAUUUAUCGUAGAUGUAUUGAAAAUCGGAGUGAAAAUAGGUGCGGAGGUUCCUAGUAUUUUCGCAGCGCGAGAUCAGUUUAAGCCUGAAUUGACGAUCAAACGGGAAGAUAUCAGGACGGCCGUGGAAGGUUUAAUGAGCGACGAAGAGGAAGGACAGACGAGGAGAAAACGAGCAAAGGAAUAUGGGGAAAUGGCGAAACGAGCGAUGGAGGAAGGGGGAUCGUCUCGCGUUAACAUGACAUCGAUGAUUCAAGCGAUUACAACCGAAGUAUGGUGCAUUGGCCCGGUUUCACUACGCAACAGAAGCCUGCUCGAUAUAGCCGAGAGAGGAAACAAGGCCGGAAUCAACGAGCACGAUUGCUUAAAAUGGCUGAAUAAGAAGGAUCCAGGGUCUGUAAUCUUUGUUUGCUUAGGAAGUAUGUCGAGUGUUUCCACAGAACAACUAUUCGAGCUCGGGUUGGGAUUGGAGUCAUCGAACGUGCCGUUUAUUUGGUGUAUACGACACACAACGGAGGAAUCGGAGAGAUGGUUGUCGGGAUACGAAAAACGGGUAAAAGAUCGAGGCCUAAUUGUCCGCGGUUGGGCACCGCAAGCCUUGAUACUACCGCAUAAAGCCAUUGGUGGUUUCGUAACUCAUUGCGGAUGGAACUCGACUCUUGAAGGCAUUUCCGCUGGGAUCCCGAUGGUUACGUGGCCCCAAUUCGCGGAUCAAUUUCUUAAUGAAAGAUUCAUCUUAGACGUAUUGAAAAUCGGAGUGAGCAUCGGCAAUGAGGAGGUUGUUGCGGUUGGAGAUCAAGAUAAGUUUGGAGUGUUGGUAAAGAAGGAAGACAUCAAGUCAUCUAUUGGAAGUAUAAUGGACAAAGAAGAUGAAGGAGAAGCGAGACGAAAGAAAGCGAGAGAGCUCAGAGAAAUGGCGAAAAGAGCAAUGGAGGAAGCGGGUUCGUCUCAUUUCAACACGACAGCAWUGAUUGAAGAUAUUAUCGAGCGAUUAGGCAAACUAAAGCRAUUCAAGAUGUUGUCUAGACUAGUGGUUUAAUCGUUUACAUACGACUUAUGAUAAGAAAAACACRAUUUCGAUCUUGUACAUACUCGACAAGGUCGUUUCAACUUGAUGGCUCUCGGCUUUUAACAUUUGUAAGUUCCAUUAUAUCUUGUAUUAAUAGUGUCAAGUUCUUGUGA